AUGUCAUCCUUGACGGAACUCCAAUCUCGGCUGAAAGAGCUCUCGACCACACUGGCCAAUAUCCACCCGCUGGUGGCUCGGCUGCAGAACUUCACGACAGUGAUUGGACAAGGUGAUGAGGCGCGCUUGGAGCUUGGGACGGAGAUCCACACGCUUCUGAAAGGAGCGGAGGAUCAACUGGAGUUGUUGCGGGUGGAGGUAGAGGGUCUCGAGGCCGGUCCUGAGAGUCGACGCAAAGGGUUGAAUAAUGAAAAGGAAUCGGAGCGGGAGCGGGUCGUCGCGCUGGCGGGCAGGUUGACGGAGGAGCUAAAGAGAACAAGAAGGGACUUUCGCAAUGCCCAGCUACAAGCGAAACGCAACGCCGAGACUGCCCGCCGCAAAGAGAGGGAGCUGCUAUUCUCGCGGUCCCAGAGCGCCGACAGGCAGACUCAACAGCCUGCCGAGAAGCUGACGCAGGAUGAGAUUGUGAAGAACGCGUCGAAUGAUGUUACGGCGGCGCUGCGGAGGACGCACCAGUUGAUGCAGGCCGAAUUGUCGCGGAAGCAAUCUACCGCUGCCCUCUCGUCGCUGUCGGAAUCCUACACGGACCUGGACUCACUAAUCACCUCGUCGCGCAACCUCCUCAGCUCUCUGCUUCGGUCGCAAAAGUCGGACACUUGGUAUCUGGAAACGGCCUUUUACAUUCUGGUUGGGACAAUUACUUGGCUGAUCUUUCGACGGAUCCUCUACGGUCCUUUGUGGUGGCUUGUAUGGCUUCCGGUGCGAAUGCUGGCACGCUUUACCUUCACUAUCUUGGGCGUGGUGGGCAUAACCAGUGGGCGGGCAAUUCAAGCCUCUGCCUCUGCUACUGCUGUCACUCAAUCAGUGCAGGAGACUCCGGUGGUCGUCCAAAAGGUGGAGCCCACAAUUCAGAGUGCGGGACAAGAGGCGGUCUGGGACCAGGUCCCUGUCACAGAUGAAACGGAGGAGGACCGCUUGAUUGAUCAGAUCGGUGAAUUGGUGGAUGAGAUUGAACAGCAGGAAGAGACCAACAUAGACGACAUCUCCCCGGAGGAAAGGCAGAGACAAGCGGAGCUGCCAAGGAACCCCAAGAAACGCAUGUUUGAAGCUCCCGAGGUCACCCACCAGCGAGAUGAACUAUAG